GUAGCAUAAGACAGGAAGCUCAUUUAAAGAGAGAAGCAGAAAGGUCUUUACUACCUUUGGAAAGAGAAGCAAGAUUUACAAGCUUUGAGAAGAUCUACUGUAGUUUACUGCUGCCAUUUAUUUCUGACAACUCAUCUGCCUGAGGAGAUUCUGUCAUAAUGUAUCCAGUGGCUGUUCCUGCACCAGGAGGUGAAGGAAGUAAUGGACAACAUGGGAAACUUAUUUUUUUCCUUUUUGUUUUUGGAGCUGUGUUGCUCUGUGCUGGAUUCCUUCUUUCAGUCUUUAUUCUCCAGUCAUGUCCAUCUGGAAGCUUCAGUGACUGUAAUGAGGUCCUUAAGGCUGCUGGGCCAGUGCUGGCUGUAACUGGACUGAUUUGUGUUUUACUGGCGCGAUCAAGGGCCAGGAUGUAUAUAAGACAAAGACAAUUGCAAAAUGAGCAGGUGUACAGCCUUGUUUUUUGUCGUGGGAACUGUCAGUUUGCCCAGUUUCUCAUAUUUGGAUUCCUGUUUUUAACUAGUGGAAUGUUAAUUAGCAUCCUGGGCAUUUGGGUUCCUGGUUGCAGCCCUGGCUGGCAUACGAUACAGCUCAACCACACUGGCACUUCUGACAUAGACCUCCAGGGCUGUGGAUUCCUGUCACUUCAAAUCUUGGGACCUUUGAUUGUGCUCACUGGGUUGUGUUUCUUCGUGAUAGCUCAUGUUAAAAAGAAACAAAACUUAAAUCUCAGCCAAGAAUCCUGUGAAAGUGAAGAACAUCCUCAGAGCUCUGAAUCUUUUCAGGUUACAGUAGGUGAUGCUGUAAUGGUAUUCCCACCCCCACCACCUCCUUAUUUUGCUGACCCUAUGUCACCAGCUGUGACUCGUUGUUUUAUGUCAAGUGUUUUGCCUACAAGUGAAAAUCCACCACCAUACCACUUUAUCUUCAGUGAUGGAGCACAGCUUGCUGAUGAUGAAAGAACAGCUGCUGUUAGAGACUAUGAAUCCAUAUAUUCAAUUUCUGGAAGCAGCUCACCUUCAGAUAUUUUACCAAUGCUAUACCUUUCUUCUGAAUCACCACCAAAAUAUGAAGAGAAAGCAUCAAUAACAAAUAAUGAAUAUUCACCAUGUUCUUCUUUAUCUUUUUCAUCUGUUUCCUUAACCACAUCUGACACCGGCUCGUAAAGGACUGACAGUUCACUUAUUUUUUAAUAUAAUGUACACAGAGAUUUACAAUUUUUGAAUUUAUUUACAUUUUGUAAUAAAAGCAAUAUUGUUGGCUGUGUCUAAUUUUUCAU